AUGACCAACGAACACGAGGAUGAUUUGGCCGCCAGCCAAACUGCCGGCUUCAAGCUUGGCGAAAAGAAGACUGUUGAAGAGUACAAGCAGCUAGACGCAAACGACGAAUCCCUCAACCGCUGGAAAGCCUCCCUAGGCCUGGGGACGGGUACCUCGAUAUCCGACCCCAACGAUCCCCGCAAAUGCAUUAUCAAAUCGCUCGCCCUCGAAGUCGAGGGCCGCGAAGACAUCACCAUCGAUCUGUCCGCGGAGGGCUCCGUUGAGAAACUGAAGGAGAAACCUUUCACUAUAAAAGAAGGUUGCCGCUUCCGUAUCAAAGCCACGUUUGUCGUACAGCAUGAGGUGCUGAGUGGGUUGAAGUAUAUUCAGGUUGUGAAGAGGAAGGGCGUUAGGCUUAUUUCGCGUGAACAAUCCCUCCUCAAAUAUAGUCCUUUUUCGAUCGAGGACCCGUCUGAUUGGCUGCUUUUCCCUCCUCUUUUAUCUGCAGUCAAUCCCGAAGAGGCUCCGAGCGGGUUUGUUGCUCGCGGACAUUACAGCGCGCUGUCGAGAUUCGUAGACGACGAUGACACCACCCAUCUCAAGUUCGAGUGGGCUUUCGACAUCGCGAAAGAUUGGUAG